AUGUUUAACAGACAAACAAGUCUAUGGAUGGGUGAUUUGGACCCGUACAUGGACGAGAACUUCGUCAAACAGGCCUUUGGUGCGAUGGGAGAAUCACCGUGUGGAGUCAAAAUAAUCACACACAAGAUAACAGGUGGUUCUGCGGGAUACUGCUUUGUGGAGCUGGCUAAUGAAGAAAGCGUUGAGCGUUGUGUUCAAAACCUCAAUGGAAAACCGGUUCCUGGAUCAAACCCGCCACGGAAGUUUAAGAUAAACUUUGCCACCUACGGAAAAAUACCCGAGCCACGGCCGGAGUUCUCAGUGUUUGUGGGUGACUUGCCCACUGAGGUGACUGACAGCCAACUCCACGAAGUCUUUAAGAGCUUUCCCUCCUGCAAGGGAGCCAAAGUAGUCACUGACCAUCAGGGCUACUCCAGAGGAUUCGGCUUUGUCAAGUUUGGGGAUGAAAGUGAGCAGAAGAAGGCAAUCGAGGAAUGCCAGGGCACAGUGCUCGCGGGAAAGGCACUGCGACUCAGUUUGGCUGUUGCAAAGGCCCAGAAGACCACCACUUGGGUGGGCCAAAGUCAGAAUUACCAGAGCAACUACAACCAACCGCCACCCAAUUAUUAUGGGAAUCCCAAUGGUGGAGGUCAAGGUUACUACCCUCAGUGGGGGAGCUACGAUCAAUAUAGCGGCUACAAUAGCGGAUACAACAGUGGUUACAAUAGCGGAUAUAAUGGUGCAUACAAUAGUGGAUACAACAGUGGCUACAACAGUGGCUACAACUACAACUAUGGCCCCUACGGAUACCCCCCACCCAACCAUAUGGUGCCGCCACCUCCCGUGGGUUUUCCUCCACCAUCUUUUGAUGUAACAGCAGAUGUGCAGCAGGGCCAAGAAGAGAAUGGUGAUGGUGAGGAUAAUUCAGAAGUGCCAUUCCAAGAAUGUGAUGUGGACCAGUGGAACACAGAUUUUGUGCAGCGCAGUGAGGAACUUUAUGAUGCCUUAAUGGACUGUCACUGGGAACCACUGGACUCUUUUGACUCGACAAUACCAUUACUUUUCGAUAAAGUCAACUAG